AUGGCCAUCUCUGAGCUCACUUGCAUCUACUCUGCCCUCUUCCUUCCCAGCAAUGAGGUUACAGUCACUGAGGAGAAAAUCAAUGCCCUCAUUAAAGCAACAGGUGAAAAUGUUGAACCAUUCUGGCCUGGAUUAUUUGCAAAGCCCCUGUCCAGUGUAAACAUUGCCAGUCUAACCUGCAAUGCAGGAGUUGGUGGACCUGCCCCAGCAGCUGGUGGUCCUGCCCUAGUUGGAGGGGCUGCUCCUGUUAGCACAGCUGCCCCAGCUGAGGAGAAGAAUAAACAGGAAGUAAAAAAGAAGAAUCCAAUGAGGCUGAUGAUGAUAUGGCCUUUGGUCUGUUUGACUAAAUAUUUUUUGUAA